AUGGCCCGCGCCCGGUCCCUCCGCGCGGCGGUCCUCCUCAUCGCGCUCGUCCUCGCGCCGCGUCUCAACACGCCGCACCCCGCGCGCACCGACGGCGCCAUCCUCCUCGCUCGCGGCGACGACGCCGCGCAUCGGCGGCACAAGGACCUCGCCGCUCCGUCCAGGUCUUUCCUCACGACCCUGCAGUCCGCGGUCAGGGUCCACCGGCGUUCGCUCGCGGGCGACGGCCGCUUCGUCGUGCACGUCGUCGGCGCCGUCGCCAAGAUCGAGGGCAGAGUCGCGUGGCCCUACGCCGGCCAUCACGCCUGCGAUAAAACCACGAUGGUCCUCGUCGGCCGGGAGAUGCCGGACGACGAUCCUCCCCCAGAUCACGUCGACGGGUGCGACACGCGCUUCGUCCGCGGGGCGUACACCCCGGAGAACUUAGCGCGGGGUUUGGACGACCCGCGCGAGGCGUUGGCGGACAUGGUGAUCCUCUUCAACGCCGACGCGUGGGGAUGCCAGUGGCGACGGACGAUGCUUCACCUCGCGACGCCUCGGCGCGACCUCGUGUCCGAUUCGGGGUCGAGGACGUUUGGACGGUUCGACGACGUGACGGGGGCGCCCGUGAUCGUGACGGGGUACGAACGCGGCGACGUGGGACGGAUCGAGCGGAUGGUUGGCGCGGAGCGCGCGCGUUGGUUCUCGUCGAGCGAGUUGCGAAGGUGCGACGAAAUCGUCGAAAGAAUGUACGGGAAGAAGGACGACGGGAAGAAGGACGACGCGAACGAAGGGGGGAACGAAGACGAAGGUUCGUUUAACGACGGUGAAUUAGGCACGACGGUUAGGAGCGACAUAUAUGAGGACGACGCGAACGUCCUUCAAUUAGGGGCGCCGGUGGUGCACUGGGGGACGUCCCCGAACAGGCCGGAGGAUAAUGCUCCGGGCGAUCCAAACGCGUUUUGGUUUUCGUUUUCGCCCGGGCUGGUUUCCGGAGAGGGAUCCAUCAACGGAAAGGGAUCGGCGGCCGGCGUCGGCGUGGUGGACGGGGACCUGGCGGUGGGAGUCGCGGCGGUCGUCGUCGUGCCGCUGGCGGCGUGGUGCGCGCUCCGGCGGCGGUAG